CCCAGUGAAGCUUUUUACACACGUUUAACAAUUAAUUGAGGAUUAACUUGAUUUGUGACUGGAAACAUGCACGUUGAACCCAGGAACUUGAUGUGGACAUUGAUGCCACUUUUUCUGGCUGGUGCUCUUUGCAGUCAGUGGAAAGUGGUGUAUCAGCAGCAGCAUAUCUGUGCAGUGAGAGGCUCGUCUGUUGUCAUUCUUUGUUCAUUUUACUAUGCUGACGAGCUGAGAGGGAAGAGAUUCAUGUGGGGUAUUGUAAAGUCUCAUCUUCUCAGUGGUCGCUUCAUUUCUGGCAGGAACCUGGGAAAAUUCAGCUCAAGAUUUCAGUAUAUUGGUGACAAACGUCACAAUUGUUCUUUAAAGAUACACCAAGUGGAGCAUAAUGAUGCAGGAAAAUAUGCUUUCACAUUUAUAACAAACUCCAAAGAAAGCAAAUGGCCUGGUCCAUCUGGCUCAACAUUAAAGGUUGUUGAUUUGAACAUUUUGGUGACUAAGCCUGAUGGGAACAGAAGAACAAAGGAAGGCGACUCUGUGAAUCUGACCUGCAUAAACAGCUGCGAUGGUGGUAACCUUUCGUCUGCUUUCACCUGGUUUAAGAAUGGAGAACUCAUAAAUGAAGGACCUGUACUUUAUUUAAGCAACAUGUCCACUGCUACCUCCGGAAGCUACACUUGUUCUCUAGAAGCACACACAGGAACAGCUUCAGGAGUCGUAAAUAUUGAUGUUGAAUAUGGCCCUAAGAACACUUCAGUGUCUGCUAGACCAUUGACGGAGGUGUGCGCUGGCAGUAACAUCACCCUCGUCUGCAGCAGCCAUGCAAACCCUCCAGUGAAGAUCUAUACUUGGUUUAAAAGAAAUAAUGAUGAUAUAAUGGAUGUCGAACACAAGCCUGUGUUCCUCCCUGGUGCUGGUGGUCAGUAUUUCUGCAGUGCCACCAACAAACAUGGAAGUCAAAACUCCUCUGUUGUGACUGUGACGAUCAAACCAUGUUGGAUAAGAUUUACCAGAGAUGCACUUAUCAUUGCUGCUUUUGCUCUGCUUCUGAUUGGGACCACUGUUAUCGCCAUCAAAAGACUCCACAAAAAAAGGACAUGGACACCAAAUACAGACUGUGAGGAGGAAGACACUGAGGAUGCAGACUACGUCAACUGGCUCAACUGUGACAGUCAGUCACAAGAGGGAAAUCAGCGUGAGGGACAAACAACAGAAGUCGUCUAUACAGCUGUAUACUUCAACAAGAAAAGAAAGUCAAACAUGGAGCAGCAGAUGGACGACCCUAAUGAUGUCAUUUACAUCACAGUGUGCAGGAACCAACCGCCAAACCCUUCAUAUGUUGAGCCUCCCUAAUGAAGCUCAGCCUGUCAUUUUAGGCAGAAUCAUCACACCCUCCUCCACCCCAUUCACCUCCAGUCACCUUAUCCAGAGCCCAGGAUGAGCUCAUCAACAGCCCGCUCCUCUUCACAUCCAGAUCCUCAGCUCCAUCUUCAUCUCAUCUCACUAUUACCACCACCAGCGUCUAGAAUCCACAUGGGGGGGUUCCCUAAUCUACUACGUCUUUACCGCCCUCCUGGAAUAUACGUCAUCACAAUGGGGUCUAAUCGCCAAAGACAUUUCACAUUUCUCAUACUUAUUUGCACAUGUAAAUAAAUAUUCUUGUCUC